GAAGAAAGAUAAGCUCUGAAUUAGUGCAGCCAGUUUAACUAUAAAGAACAGACUCAGUGUCUAUCGUUGGUGACACGCACUUUGCUAAUGAUAGAUUAUCAAAACAUAGCUGCUGUGAUAACACCAAGUCAUCCUCGAUACAGUUGGCUCUGUAGCAAUACGAUCUGCAAAAGUUGUACCAGUAAUCUUUUUACUUCUCGUGAAACGCAUCAGUUACGUUUAUGUGAUCGACCGAGAUUUCACGAAAUCAAAUUUGUAAAAUAAAGGAAGAAAACAUGUCGCAAAUAAAAGUGCUGGAUGCUGGCUUCUCUACGCAACUGUCCACCCAUGUAGGUGAAAAAAUCGAUGGUGAUCCUUUAUGGACUGCACGCUUCCUCAUAACUGAUCCGAAUGCUGUCUUCGCUACACACUUGGACUUCUUGCGAGCUGGCGCCGAUAUCAUAUUGACGAACACGUAUCAAGCUACGAUUAACGGUUUUAUGAAAUAUUUGGACAUCACCGAGGAAGAGAGUCUUCAGAUAAUUCGUAAUGCGGUCGACUACGCUAAAGAUGCCGUAAACGUUUAUAAUAAAGAAAUAGAAGAUGAUGCAAACGUGGCGAACCGGAAACCGCUGAUCGCUGGGUCUUGCGGACCUUACGGUGCCUCCUUACACGAUGGCUCGGAAUACACUGGUUCGUAUUGCCCAAACGUGUCGCGAGAAUUUUUGAUCGAUUGGCACAGGCCUCGUAUACGCACAUUGGUAGAGAAAGGUGUUGAUCUAUUGGCGAUAGAAACAAUACCCUGCGUUCGCGAGGCAGAAGCUUUAAUCGAUUUACUCAAGGAAUUUCCGGAUGUACACGCAUGGUUGAGCUUCUCCUGUAGAAAUGAUGGAAAGAAUAUAGCGGAUGGCAGCAACUUUCAGGAGAUCGCCGUGAGAUGUUACAAGAAUGCACUCCCAGGACAAAUAUUAGCCGUCGGCAUUAAUUGUAUUGCACCACAAUACGUUACCACUUUGUUGAAGGGCAUCAAUCGAAGCGGUUCGGACGAUUUUAUACCAUUGGUGGUGUAUCCUAACAGUGGAGAAAAAUACUUAGUAUCCGAAGGAUGGAAGAAGGAAGGAGAAGCUCCCUCUUUGCAUGAAUUUAUUGACGAAUGGCUGGAUCUUGGCGUUUGCUAUAUUGGUGGAUGUUGUAGAACAUAUGCUACAGAUAUAAAAAAAAUACGAUACAAAAUAGAUCAGCGGAAAACACAGGAUAUAGACUGAUAUUGAUUACU